AGUUGUGAGUUGUGACAGUUAAGGGAUGGGUAAUAUAACAAUAAACUUUCAAAAAUAUUGCGAAGUUUUAUGAUAUUUUCCUAUUUACCUUUUUUGUUUAUUUAUAAUUUCAUAACUCAUGCAUAUUACGAAGAGAAGAAAUGAACUGUGAUAUUGUAGAUUUAUCCCAAGAAUCGCCUGAUGAUGAUUGUGAGAUCCUUGUGGACAAUAACUGUAGUCUUGCAUUUUUAAAUAUAGAUUUACAAACAGAAGAUGUUAUACCUGAGCUGGCAGAGUUAAUAAAACAAUGUCUUAAAAUAGAAAAUUCGACAGGAAUGAUGAGAGUGAUCAAGAGAUCUCUCAUGAGAUUAUAUAAAGAAGCAUGUCCAAAUUAUUUACAAUCAACACAAUUUAGAACGCUAGUCAACAAUACCUCACAUUUAAUAGUUAGAGAACCUCAUUUUAAAUUUUUCCACAUUAAGAGUUUGUGUGAGGCUUUGAAAUCAAAUAAAAAACGAAAAAGAGCUGAAUUAGUAACUUUAGGACCUUGUACCAAGAGGAAAGCUCAAUUUGCAAGUGAUGCUAAAAGGAGAAAGAUAGAAAUUAUUAAUUUAGAUGACAUUGAAGAUGAAGAAAGAGAUAAACAUAAGGAGGUUGUGGUUCCUAAAGUAACUGUAGAUGAAAAAGAAAGUAAAUGCCUAGAUAAUAAAAUAGAAAUUCUAAUACCUCCCAUUGAUGUGCCCAUUGACAUGCAUGAACAAUGGCUGCACCAACAUAGAAUACCAGAAAAUCAAAAUAAUCAUCAAUUCUAUUCAAAUGAUAAUACUAUACCCAUUGAAAUAAUACAUGAUAAAAAAGCAGACAAUAUAAAAAAUGAAGAUCCAACGUUGUCUGUAGUUCAAAGAAUUGAACAAGCCAAUAAUGAAAAUGUGAAACAAUUAAGAAUUAAACGGAUUGAAUCUGAAAUAGCAGAUUUAAAAACUCUAAUUGAACAGUUGGAUAAGGCGGAAGUUAAAGACAAUUCAAAAAAUUCACCAUAUGUCUUAAGUGAAUUAUAUAAAGAAAAAGUUGUGAAGUUGUACCAAGAAUUGUGUGCCCUCACAGAUUCACAACCCGUGAAGAGGCAUGAAAUCCACAUAAAAGUUUCAGAGGGCCAUGCCGAAGGACCAGCGAGAAUCCUUGAAAAUCUGCUAAAUAACAACUUGAGAAGCAAUGGUUACCCACCCUUUCCAACUUUUGCUCAAGUUAAGAAGUGUGUGGAUAUCGCCAAUAUUAAAUAUAAUCUUGCUUGGCGCCCAACGCAAAUUUAUCGGGAAGCGUUAGAAUUAUUCACGCGAUGCGGUCGAGCGUUACAAAAGUUGCGGCAACAGAGAGAGUGGGGCCACUUAUGGUCGCGAGUCAAACGAGAGGAUUGUGAAGAUCCUGCCGACAGUGACGAAUUGUUAAAGGCGAGAUUGGAGGCGAAUAUGGAAAUUGCGAAACGGAAGGAAAAUGAUAUUCUCGAUCGAUACGCAUCCCUCGAAUACAAAUUGGCCACAGGCGAUGUUGAUACCACACAAAGUGUUCAAAGUGUAAAUGGUACAUCACAAAAUCAUAAAGUGGUAAAGGAUGCUAGUGAUGAUAGUGGAAGUGAAAGUGAUAUAGUGUGGGAUGAUGAUCAUUACAUUGAUGGUGAAAUGUGUCAACCUGUUCCCGUUAAAGUAGAAAGUAACCAAAUCGAAGUUGGUGGUAGUACUUCAGUGAAAGAGGAAUGUGAAGUGAAGAAUGAAGAUGUAUCGAAAUUAUUGGAAAAACUCGGCGAUGAUUAUACAACGAAAAUAAUAGAUAUAGAAGAUCCAUUUCUAACUGUUGAAAUUUCAGAUAGUUCUGAUGAAGAAGUUUUAUAGUAUUAUUUGAAAAUAAAUAAUUUUUCGUGUUUUAUAGUUGUAA